AUGGCACGUCGCAAAGCGAAAGCACCUCCAAAGGCAAAAUCAAUGACUAGAAAGCAGUCCCACACCUCAUACGGGGGCUUAGAGGCGGACCAGUUGGGCCUACGCGAGAAAACACCACCACCAUUAGAUGUAUCCUCCCCCGAAACCGAUUUAGGCGACGGUUGGGGAAUACCCAAAAAAAGAAAAAGAGAUUACAACCCGGAUGACGGCGACAAUGAAACUAUUACGGAGCUGGAUGACAAGAUAAUGAUGGAUCCGAAGGAGUAUAUCAACAGGCUGGAGAAAAAAGUCGAAGAGCAAAAGGAGCUUAUCAUACUCUUGGAUAGACAAGUGGGGGAUCUCUUGUAUAAUAAUGCCAACACGCUAAGAGACGCCUGUUGGAUAUACUGGUGCCACCACAGGGCACUCAACUAUAGUAACAAGGGCAUUGGGAAGUGGAAGGAUGUUCCAAGUGAGACAAAAAAGGUAACCAUCGCCAGACUGAAGGGAUGGGUUGUUCAGGGGGACUUCGAUGAGAUCGUAUCACGAAUGCCUCCUAACUUUCGGGAGAACGCCCUGUUAUGGUUUGCUCAAAUGCUCAUAACCAAAGAAUGCCUCGAACUGUUCUUCGGAGACAGCCCAUUUUGGUAUAUGAAAGGGGCAGUUGGGGAUGAUAGUGACGAGACUGGUGUACGAGCCUUUUCCUCGCUCCCUGAAAUACAUGACACCAAGGUCAGUCUCUCGCACUCAGAAUACCUUUUUACCUGCUGCAGGUCGGAUUAA